AUGGACGAUCCUAGCGGCAAUCCCUUCCAGAACGCACGAAAAAUAGCCGCCGAUAUUCUGAUAGCUGCCCGUGGCAGGACACAGAGAACGAGGGUCAAAAGAAAGCGUACUUUUGCAAGUUUGGUUAGCAUGUCUCUGGAACAGACCCGAAAACCCCCGGAAUGCUGCCGGGGCUGCUCCACAGCACUGGGUGUCACCCGUCUUCACAGAAUGCCCCCGAAAGUAACUGGCGACCCUAAGCGACGGACAGGUGCACGCCGCAAGGUUGUUUUGGCCUGCGACUCGUGUAGAGAGAAGAAAAUUCGCUGUGACGGGAAUAAGCCCAUAUGUGGGGCAUGCAGGAGGAGAUCUUAUCGGAUUGACCAGUGCCUCUACAACCCGGAUAACGCCCGGACCGCCAGCAGAGACGAAUACUUUCAGACCCUUCAUCUUCGAAUUAGAGAACUGGAAAAUGCCUGUUUGAUGGCCGGAGUGUCCAUCGACAGUCCACUGGGCCUUCGGGCCCAACAGGAAUCCCAUAGCGAGCUCAACAGAGGCAAUGAAAUACCAGUGGAGACGGAAGGCCUUAUCAUGGCUGCCCCCACCCCGUUUGGGGAACUUGAGGAGCGAACCACUACCUCCACAGGUUUCAGGGUUGGCGGACGACCGGACCAACCGGUACUAGCCACACGCAGUGAAAGCGCAAACAGCCGGUCCAGAUUGGCAGUAGAAGAGACUACAGAGUGUUCACCGGAUGUAGGAUCUUAUGGAUCGCCGUUGUUCGCCGAUGGAGAAGCCCACGUCACUGGAAUGGGCCAGAUCACAGCUCCAGAUGCUGAAAGCAGGAAACAAUCCUCCCGAUUUCAAUUUUAUGGUAGUUCAUCCACUGCUUCACUCAUGAGGUUUGCCUGGCAGUCGCUGCCUUCACGGCCAGCAAAUUCUUCUGGUGCCGAGCUUGCUUCUAGCACGCUGCAUGAUACUUUCACCGAGUAUCGGUUCGACGAUUUUGCCCUUCCACCGCGCACGCUGGCAGACCACCUCGUCCGCUGCUUUUUCGAUCAUGUAUAUACCCUAUAUCCGUUCUUUCACCGCCCUGCGUUUGAAGCAGCCUAUCGGAAUCUCUGGCGUGCUGAGGAUGAGCCUAAGAUACCUCUCACAGACUUGAGAAUUGGACUGGGUUCCGGCGCAGAAUCCAGCCCUAAAUCAAUCGUUUUCCAUGCUGCCUUGAAUGCUAUUUUUGCUCUGGGAUGUCAAUUUGCAGAUAUUGAGGAAGUCGAAUCUGUUGCAAAUUCCUUCUUCCUUAGGUGCAAGCGCUUUAUUGGACUUGACUUUCUUGAUAUUAAUACCCUUGGUGUAGUUCAGACUCUGUUGAUAACAGCGCUAUUCUUGCAGAGCUCUCCCUAUCCCAGCCGAUGUUGGCAUUCCGUUGGUGUUGCUUGCAGGGUUGCCCUGGGUUUAGGACUCCAUGAGUCGGAUAUCCUCACCAGCUUAUCGCCCUUGGAAUCUGAUAUUCGACGCCGAACGUGGCACGGCUGUGUGAUGAUGGAUGUUACUCUGAGCAUGACGCAUGGCAGACCUACUAUGACGACUCAUCUAGCUCCUCUUCCCCCACCAGAUGACUCCGAGAUGUCCCGACAAGAUCCGCCGGGAGAACCGUCACUGCUGUCGUUUUAUAUCGAGGCUAUUAAACUCUACAGCAUCUUAGACAAGAUUUUAUCCGAUGUAUAUUGUGCCUGGUGUAGUCGGACACGCCAAGAUCGACCACAGGCGUCAACCAAGAUCUUGGGAGGCCUAGACACAAUCCUUGAAAUUGAAAGAGAACUCACUUUGUUUGAGGCUAGUACUCCUCCAUGCCUUAAGUGGGACCCGGACGCACCGGAAUUCAAUUCAGACGGUAAGCUGAACCAGGCAAUCGCCCAACAGAGAAAUGUUCUCCACGCGAGAUACUUGCAUCUUCACCUCCUCCUCCACCGUCCGAUGUUUACUCAGCUCUACGCAGAAAAAGUACGCAAAAGCGACUUUGUAGGUGGAAAUGGCAUAAGAGAAGAAUGGACCGCUCACAGUUCCGCAACCCGGAGCACUCUGUACUUCUCCACAGCUAAUAAAUCCGCCACCGCUUGCGUAAUGGCAGCCAUUGACCUGACGCACCUAGUCCAUGAGACGUACCAUACAAACGCCACCGAUGCAUGGUGGUACAACGGAUUCUAUGUGUCAACGGCCGCCAUAGUGCUCCUCAUGUCUUUCUCCUCCCCAUCAAUGCUCGAUUCAUGUACUAUGGAUAAAGCCCGAGCUGCCUGGAGAGAAGCUACAAGCGUUCUAGAAUCAAUGGCAACAGUUAAACGCUCCGCGAACAACACGCUUCAGUUCCUCAAAGCUUUGUAUCGGCAAGCUGUGCCCGCUGAUAUGCAACAAACAGGCAGUCAGACUGCUGGUGCUGCUUCGCUGCAUCCAGAUAACAUGACUCAACAUUACACCCCGUUUGAUCACCCGGAUCACGACUUAACGCAAGCUCCAUUCUUCAAUUGGGAGGAAUACGCCGGAAGUAUGGGACAGGGGUUCGAUGAUUUGGGGUUUUUGACGAGGCUUGAUUUUCCUGAUACUUUACCUUGA